AUGAACUUAUUCUUAAGUGAUGCUCAGAGUCAGUCAACACUGGAGGCCAAACUGAAGGCCCUGCACUGCCACUUCACCUGGGACAUCGACACCAGAAGGGCCGAGCUUUUCCGUCUCAGGGACAAACUGGAGGACAUCGGCACCGAUGAUGGAAACAGCUGGCUGGGUCACAUUUACAACCUGCAGGGAUACAUUCAAUACCAGCUGGGCUUGACUGAUGACGCCCGGUGUUUCCUCAACAAGGCCACAGAGGCCUUCCGCCAGUCAAGAAACCCCGUCUUAGAUGAAGGUCCCUGGUUGGUGGUGAACUACGGGAACCUGGCUUGGCUGCACCACCAGCUGGGAGAACAAGCAGAGAGUCAGACUUACCUGUCAAAGGUCGACACCCUGCUAAAAAAAUACCCAUCUCCAUCCCACGAUGAGCUCCAUCCAGAGAUCUACGCUGAAAAAGCCUGGACCCUGAUGAAGUUCGGCAAAGACAAAAAGGUGCUGGUCAUAGAUUACUUCCAAAGAGCCAUUAGGAUGCAGCCGGACAUAGUGGAAUGGAACACCAGCUAUGUGAUUGCAUUAGUGAAUCCUUAUAAGUACAGCGCCGAAUCAGUGGAGGGAGACAUCACUGGGAAAAUGGGAAUGGCCAAGGAACAUGAUGCAAAGAAUUUGUACCUUGCUGUUCUCGAACUCGAGCAGCGUGCUAAGAAAGGAGAAAGAAUUGAAGAUGAAGCACGUGAGUUAGCCAGAAAGGUUUUGGAGAAUCCUGUCAGCAGCUACAGUGGUAUGAAAAAGUUAUUGUGGAUUUACAGUAAACACAUAUCUCUUGAUAGAGCUAUUGAUUUGGCAGAGAAGGCUCUGGAAAAACAUCCACAUGUACGUUACCUGAAGUGGUGUGCUGCUCUCUGCUAUGAAUGGAGGAUCCUCUCCCAAAAUCCUGUGGAGCAAAGCAAGAUGGACAGAGCGGUAAGAAUAGCUGCUGCUCAGAGUCAGUCAACACUGGAGGACAAACUGAAGGCCCUGCAGUGCCACUUCACCUGGGACAUCGACCCCAGCAGGUCCAAACUUCGUAUCAAGGACAAACUGGAGGACAUCGGCACCGAUGAUGGGAACAGCUGGCUGGGUCACAUUUACAACCUGCAGGGAUACAUUCAAUACCAGCUGGGCUUCACUGAAGAGGCUCGACAUUUCAUCAGUGAAGUCGCAGAGGCCUUCCGCCAGUCAAGAAACACUGUCUCCGAUGAAGGUCCCUGGUUGGUGGUGAACUACGGGAACCUGGCUUGGCUGCACCACCAGCUGGGAGAAGAAGCAGAGAGUGAGACUUACCUGUCAAAGGUCGACAACCUUCUGAAAGAAUACCCAUCUCCAUCCCUGGAUGAGCUCCAUCCAGAGGUCUACGCUGAAAAAGCCUGGACCCUGAUGAAGUUCGGCAAAGACAAAAAGCUACUGGCUGCAGGUUACUUCCAGAGAGCCAUCAGGAUGCAGCCAGACAUGGUGGAGUGGAACACCAGCUAUAUGAUAGCGUUAGUGAAUGCUGUAAAGUGCUUUGAAGACACACCACUGGAAGAAGAGAUCCUGGAGAAAAUAGAAAUGGCCAAGGAACAAGAUCCAGAGAAUAUGUAUCUUGCUAUUUUCGACCUUGAGCAGCGUGCUAGGAAAGGAGAAAGAAUUGAAGAUGAAGUACGCGAGUUAGCCAGAAAGGUUUUGGAGAAUCCUGUCAGCAGCUACAGUGGUAUGAAAGCGUUGUUAUGGGUUUACAAAAAAUAUGUAUCUGUUGAUGAAGCUAUUGAUUUGGCAGAGGAGGCUCUGGAGAAACAUCCAGAUGAACAUUUCCUGAAGAGAUGUGCUGCUCUCUGCUACAAAUGGAGGAUCCUUUCACAUGAACCCCUGAAGCAAAGCAAGAUACAGAGAGCAGUCCAUCUCCACAAAGAAGUGAUUGCUCUUUAUCCUGAUGGCUCACUUUUGAAUUAACUGAAUCUUGCACUGAUAUACGCGAAGUCAUAUCACGGCCUGGCUGAAGCUGAGCAGAUUUACCAGGAACAACUAGAGAAGGAUCUGGAACCUGUGGAGAAACAGAUGCUGUACCACUACUACGCAAAACACUUAAUGUGUGAUCGACGAGAUUAUCACAGGGCGAUAGAAUAUCACAUGAAGGCAGCAGAGAUGCCAGAAGAAACCAACUUUAAAGAGAACAGCAUCACAUUCCUACAGAGCAUUGUAGACGGAAACAGGAGACCAAGAUGUAGAGAAAUAGAGGAGUUCCUGUCCAAGCUGGAAGUCUAG